GUCACCCACACCACAACUGUCUGAAGUCAUCAGACUAUCUAAUCAAGCUAAUUUCCGUGCUCACACAGCAGAAUUCAGUCUUCAAAAGCCUUGUUAGAAACGUGUCAAAAAGUAAAUAUUCCCACCGAAGGGAAUCCUUUUUUCCUCACAACACCUCGCAUGUGAAAACUCGUCCAUUUCCUUUGCGGACUAGCCGAGAUAUAUUCUUUCAACUUCGAUUUCAAUUUGAAUUACGAUUUUCUUUUUGCUUAUAAAACUCGAUACCUACUCGAGCAAUUAAACGAGGCAUCAAGGCAAAAGGAAAAUAUAUCACAACAUAUUUCCUGCCAAAUAGACGGUCAUAAUUGGCCAGAUAAGAGUUUUCCAACCUGGUUUCUGCUUUUGCAAGUGAUUUAAUUGGCGUAGAGCUGCUGGUAAUUGGAAAAUAAGAUUGGAUGAAAUGGUCGAAAGAAAACGGUAAGAGAUUACGCUUUUAAUAUCGAAAGAUGAGCCCCAAGCUUCAAUUCGGUCCACCUUCAUUCAGGUAUGAAGCUUUUAAGGCGUGUGCAUUAAAUCAGUUUCCCCUUUUUAAUAAUCUCUUCAUUGCAAUUAAUUUAAACGACAUCUAAAAGACAUUUCGCCUUAAUCCUGAGCUCCCACCCCAUUGCGUAUCCACUUAAUGUGAAUGAUUGCUGGUGCACUUUGGGUCUGGGCUAUCUACAUAAAUGUUUUAUCAUCUCACACCGACGAACAACAACAUUUUGCCCUGAGAAGAGGAUGAGGAGCUGACCCACCGGAGGUUGAGUGAACAGCAGUCGGCGAGAAAUGGCCAACUCGUGUCAACUGACUUUUAAGCCAUAUUUAAUCCGGCUUGUAAGGGAAAUGCGCACCAGUUACCCUGCCCGAGCGAUGCUCCACAGGCAACAAAACAGCAAAAGUAUAAAUAACUAGGAAUGAGAAUCAGAAAAGUCAGUGGUAGGACCAUCGGAUACUCAGCUAACAGCUAUUGUUUAGAUUAUAUUAUGAGCAUUGAAAGUUGUAGUUUUUAGCAGAAAUCACUAAAACACAUCAUUAGCAUUAGCUUUCAUAUUUUUCAUUAUUCUAAAUUCUGUUUUGUAUAGUAUAUAGUAACAAUAUCCCACCCGACACCAUUUCAAAUAUUCCCGCUGAAACUAAUUAAAUCAAGCUGGGGCAGCGCCCGUUCGAGAUGGCCAUGAAUGGUUGGAUCUGCUUUGAGAGCCUCCUGGCAUAUCUCCCUUUGGUGCACGCCCCGUAUGUUUGUACAUACAUAUAUAAACUGUUGCGACAAUGUCAACAUGCGAAGUUCUUCCUACCGCAAAGAUGACAGAUGACCACUUCAUGAACCCAUGCAUUUUAAUCCGCAGGCUGCAGUCCGGGCUCUUUUGGCCUGGCCAAAAAACAAUGCCCAUGCGGCCCAAAAGGGUUGGGAUCCUGCAUCCGGCCUGGCUUCAGGGAUCUUUAAGGAUGGGUAUGCCGGUGGUCCGAAGACCAGUCCGGGUGGAUAAUGAUGGAAGUGCACUCGGCCUGGCUCGCGAAUCCUUUUUGUCUGUCCCUUUUAUGUCCCAGUCAAAUUACCUCAAUAGCUGGAGAAAAGGGCAAAGAGUGUGGUGAGGAAAAUCCUUUUUUCUCGGCCCUUUAAGGCUAUGGAAAGUAAAAUGUAUAAUGUGUAUUCUUCUGCAAAGGGGGAAUUAUUUAAGCGGGCUUAAUAAAAAAACGCUCUGCGUAAUGCAAGGAAA